GUCCCAUAUCGCUCAAUCGCUAAACGUUAUCCAAACAAAAGAAACACUGAAGGAAGCCAUAUAGCGAAAGAGAUAGAGCGAUAAAGCGAGACAAUGGCGCUGCUGUGUGGUUCAACUUCUGUAACUCCGUUACUUUCCCACAAGAACGUGGUCGCAGCCUCUACAAAAUCUUCCUUUGGAGGCUUCCAAUUGUCACUUCCAAAGCUUACAUUAACUUCUUCUGUUCGAACCCUUUUACCCUCAAAUUCCCGUAUCCGUUGUCAACAGGAAUCUACCACACCUGCCCCAGUCGAAGACCCGCGUUUCGCCUGCGUCGAGCCCGAACCCCGAUUCAAAGGCCCGGACAUUUGGAACAAGAGCUGGUAUCCAAAAGCUGCAGAUCAUGUAAAUACAGAGAAAACAUGGUAUGUUGUUGACGCUACAGAUAAAGUUCUUGGAAGAUUAGCUUCUACAAUUGCUAUUCACAUCCGAGGGAAAAACUUAGCAACCUACACACCCAGUGUGGACAUGGGUGCAUUUGUAAUUGUGGUAAAUGCUGAAAAGAUUGCUGUAUCUGGGAAAAAGAGGACUCAAAAGCUUUAUAGAAGACACUCUGGAAGACCUGGUGGUAUGACGGUGGAGACAUUUGCUCAGCUGCAAAACAGAAUUCCUGAAAGAAUUAUUGAACAUGCUGUUCGGGGCAUGCUUCCAAAAGGGAGGCUUGGCAGGAGACUAUUCACCCACCUGAAGGUUUACAAGGGCCCCGAUCAUCCACAUGCGGCACAAAAGCCCAUUGACUUGCCAAUAAGGGAUAAGAGAAUACAACUCCAGAAAUAGGUCACAGUUGCCGUCGAGAAAAUGGAAUGAUAUAUGACAAUCGUAACUCUAUCCAUUUUGCAGAACAUCGAGUUUCCUGCUUUGGCUUCCACCUUGCUGAUGUCUUCCAUUAAUGUUUAUAUUGUCUGUAGAGGUAACUGAUUAUUGUAUUAUUUUGUUUGUGUUUAAGGUCCUUUGUUGAAUCUUCAUAAUAUUUUUGUUGUAGAUUUGAAUCUUAGUCAUGUCAUAUUUUUUAA